CGCCGUUAUUUUUCUCUGUGUAACUUGAGUCAGGGUGAGCUGUUCAGUUGCCGUAGAAAUUCUCCGGAGUUUCUUCUCUGCUGUUGCGUUGGCAGUCUGCGUUGAACAUGAUGCUUGUUGGAGUAAUUACAGUGUUGCUGACUUUACUGAGCCUCAGCGAAGGCAAAAAGAAAGAUUUUUACACUUUUAAAGUUGUCAACAGCAGAGGGAAGUUGGUGGCCCUGGAGAAAUACCGGGGAUCGGUGUCCUUGGUGGUGAAUGUGGCCAGUGAGUGUGGUUUUACAGAGGAACACUACAAAGACCUGCAGCAGCUACAGCGGGACUUUGGGCCAUAUCACUUUAACGUGCUGGCUUUUCCCUGCAACCAGUUUGGGCAGCAGGAACCGGGCAGUGACAAGGAGAUUGACAGCUUUGUUCGCAGAAUCUACGGCGUCUCCUUCCCUCUGUUCAGUAAAAUCGCUGUGGUUGGAACUGGAGCCAACAAUGUGUACAAAUACUUAGCUGAGACUUCUGGAAGGGAGCCUGACUGGAACUUCUGGAAAUAUCUAAUUGAUGUAAACGGUGAAGUGGUGGAUGCAUGGGGACCAAAAGUUUCUGUCAAAGAAAUCCGGCCAAAAAUCUCUGAACUGGUGCGACAGAUUAUCCUGAAGAGAAAAGAAGAACUUUGAAUGCUGGAGUUUUUUUUUUAUACAGAAAUAACCGUCAGUAGGGUAUAUUGGUAAAUGACCCAAAAAGACAAACUGACAGUCUGUUGUUGCCUGUGUGAUUUGAGUCAGUACCAUUUCCAUUUUCACAGCACGGCUCACUCGUUUUCCCAAAGCACUGAGGUCACACUUCUUUGUCUUCUAAAUUUGCUGUCAAGUGUUGUGUUAAGUGAACGACCGUUAAAUCUGUGCUUUGAAGCCAGAGAACCCUGUAUGUUUGAUGUUUAGAAUAAAAACAUGCUGUGAAGACGUUGACU